GCGGGGCCGGCUCAAGGGCCCGGGACAGGGACCAGGGGCGCUCAGUGCGCGCCCAGCCGUGUCGCCGCCACCAUGGGACAGAUCGAGUGGGCCAUGUGGGCCAACGAGCAGGCGCUGGCGUCCGGCCUGAUCCUCAUCACCGGGGGCAUCGUGGCCACGGCUGGGCGCUUCACCCAGUGGUACUUCGGCGCCUACUCCAUCGCGGCAGGGGUCUUUGUGUGCCUGCUGGAGUACCCCCGGGGGAAGCGGGCCAAGGGCACCACCAUGGAGCGCUGUGGGCAGAAGUACAUGACCACCGUGCUGAAGCUGUUCGGGCCCCUCACCAGGAACUACUACAUCCGGGCUGUCCUGCACCUCCUGCUGUCGGUGCCCGCGGGCUUCCUGCUGGCCACCAUCCUGGGGACCGCCUGCCUGGCCAUCGCGAGCGGCAUCUACCUGCUGGCGGCCGUGCGCGGGGAGCAGUGGAUGCCCAUCGAGCCCAAGCCCAGGCAGCGGCCGCAGGUCGGGGCCACCAUCAAGCAGCCGCCCAGCAACCCCCCGCCCCGGCCCCCGGCCGAGGCCCGCAAGAAGCCGAGCGAGGGGGAGGACGCGGCGGCGGAGGUCUCCGCGGGCGGCCCCCAGGCCAACCCCAUCCCGGUGACCGACGAGGUCGUGUGACGUCGCCUCGGACCUGCGCGCGGCCAUCGGGGGGCGCCCUCAAUAAAGGCUGUGACUGUC